CGCUUCUUCUUCUUCGCUGGUCUCUGCGAAGGGAAGUGUCCUCCAUGGUGUCAUUGUAGGGUCUGCUCAGGUUGACCGUCCGAAAAUACGCGAUGUCUGGCUACACGCCCGACGAGAAGCUGCGUCUCGGGCAGCUUGCAAAGCUCCGCAGGCAGUGGCUGAAGGACCAGGAGCUCAGCCCGAGGGAGCCCGUGGUACAGGCCAAACCCGCCGGCGCCGUCGCCAAGUUCUGGGCCAGCUUCCUGGAGCCCAAGAGCCUGUGGAGGAUUUACACCUACAAAGCAUAUACGGGGGGAGUUUUCACAUUAACGCGGCUCUUGAUACCUGCUUGGAUUGUUCACUACUACGUGAAAUACCAUGUUGCUACAAGGCCAUAUGGUAUUGUGGAGCUGAAACCCAAGCUAUUCCCAGGUGACACAAUUCUGGAGACAGGCGAAGUUGUUCAAGAUCUCCCUGAGACCCAUGGUCAUCACUGAAGUUGAAAUUGAGUUUAUGUUGUAAAAACUGUUCAUAUGCCAAUAAAAUAUAACAUUGUCACAUCA